GCUCAAACUCAACGAAGAACAGUUCAACGCUAGCAAGUCUAUCUUCGUAGAAUCAUCAAAAAUCUUCAAAAUGAUGAAGCUCCUCUGCAUUUUUGCUCUGGUUUCAGUCGCUCUGGCCAGCACGGUCCAGCUCCCGGCAGAAUCACUUCCGGUGCACGUGCGACGUGUUCGGGAGGCUGAAGGUUCAGUUGUGCAAAAGGAUGCUCAAGAAGCUCCAGUCGCGGCUGGCUCCGAAGAUCUAGAGGGCGCCGAAACGUUCUUCCACAAGAAGAUCUACGUUGUCCCGUCGUACGGUUAUGGAGGAUAUCACGGUGGAUACUACGGACAUGGUUACGGAUAUGGCGGAUACGGAUAUGGUGGUUAUGGACACGGUGGCUAUGGAGGAUAUGGUUACGGAUAUCCUCACUACUAUUAAUUUAAAAAAAAAAUAAGUUUGUAAAUACAAGUGCUCUCUACUGCCAAAACCGAUUAGCUAACCUGUAUAUUGCAAGAUAAUAAAACUAUUCUAA